AAAGAAACACUUUCCGUCCUGGAACACUUGGCAAUUUUGUGCUUCAUUUACACUUUCGGGUGUUUUGUGAGCUACUGGUUGAUCUCGUCGCGCAAAUCAUGGAAACUCUCGACUUUGCUGCCGAGAACGAGGCGCGUUUUGGUUGUCACGGCGCAUCCAGAUGACGAAAGUAUGUUUUUUGCGCCCACAAUUCUCGGUUUACGUGAGCAAAAGUGUCGCGUUUUCCUGCUGUGCCUCUCCAAUGGGAAUUUUGACAAGAAAGGACGUCAACGGCGAAGUGAACUUUUUGCCGCUUGCGAAAUUUUGACAUUGGAUCAAAGCGAUGUGACGCUCCUGAAUGCGACAAAUUUGCAAGAUGACCCGAAUCUGGAGUGGAAAAAUGAUUUUAUUGCGAAAAUUGUGCUGAAACACGUCGAAGCGUUGGAUAUCGAGACAAUUAUCACGUUUGACAGGGAGGGAGUGAGUCAUCAUCCGAACCAUUGUGCGAUUUUUUAUGCCGUCGCGUCACUUUGGAUGUCGAAUGCGCUGCCGAAAAAUUGUAAAGUUUUCAUUUUGGAGUCCGUGAGUGUUUUGCGGAAAUAUUUGUCGCUUCUGGAUUUGCCCAUGAGUUUGUUCACAGCGAAAAAAUGGUCAUUUCUUUCAUGGAAAAAAUACAGAAAAGCUCAAACCGCAAUGUGUCAACACAAGUCACAACUUCUUUGGUUUCGUCGACUUUACAUAAUUUUCAGUCGUUACAUGGUCAUUAACACAUUACGCGAGCUCGACAUCAACGUUGAAGCUCUCGAAAAUGCAUCGUGAUACAAAAAAAAAUCGUUACCGCCCAAUUUCAUUAGUUACAUUUUAAGAAAAUAAUAAAUUUUUGAUGAAGAAAUUGAAAUUCAUUCGUCUUGGAGUCUUUUAUCAACGAAACGUGACAAAUUUCCAUAACAUUUUGACUUGUUUCAUCAAUUUUUUUCAGUCUUCCUUGUUUUUUCGCUCAAUUAAGAUGGCGAAAAAAAUUUUCUUUGCAAUAAUUUUUGGAAUUUUUUGGUUUUCAUGCCUGAUUUCAGGAGUUUUUAUGGAAACGAAACAAAGUUUGCCUGAAGAUCGGUGCCAAUAUGACAAGAAAACGGGGUUGUACAGGCCAUCAGAUGCGUGUGAAGAGCAUUGUGAUUACUUCGAAGACAAGGGAGCAGCUUGUGAAGGGUACAAAUGCGUUUGUGUGGACCGAGAUAAGCCUCCAUUGUUUCCGAAUCCAGCGAAAUAGUUUGUGGAUUGAAGGGAUUUGUUGAUUUUUUCGGAUUUUAUGCAAAAUUUGGUGAAAUUUUUUGAUUCGAGUGAAUAAAUUUCAAUUUUAAAGUUAAAAAAUUGAAUUAUUUGAGAAAAUUUACAAAUUUUUGAAAAAAAUUCCAAUUUUUGGAGUAAAAUUUGAUAUUUUAAGAAAAUUUUGAAUUUUUUGAGAACAAUUUUAAUAAAAUAUUUUUAUUAAUUAUUUU